AUGGACGACAUCCCCCCCACAAAGGGGGAGCUGUACGCUGGCCUCGUCCUCAGCACGCAUCCUCACGCUAAUUUCAUUCACAGUGCAGCACAUAGAGCUAGUCUAAAGUAGAACCAUUGUACAGAUAGUGACAAUGGUAUUGUACGUGUGGGGGGUGGUGAUUGUGUGCUCCCUACUACUCACUCAUCACAAUGGCGCACUAUCAAUGGGCCCCACUGAAAAGAAACACUACAAGGACAAGGUUCUGGAGAUGUUCAAUCAUGCCUACCGUUCAUACAUGGACUUUGCAUAUCUUGCUGAUGAGUUGAUGCCACUGACGUGUAAGGGGCGUGUCCGGGGGGUGGAGCAAGGACGAGGGGACAUUGACUUUACCCUGGGCAGGUUCUCCCUCACCCUCAUAGACACACUGGACACUCUGGCUGUAAUUGGUUCGGUUGAUGAGUUUUCCUCGGCUGUACAAAAAGUCAUGACAGACAUUAGCUUCGACAGUGACUUGGUGGUCUCUGUGUUUGAGACCAACAUACGUGUGCUAGGUGGUUUACUGGGAGGUCACUUUGCUGCCCUGGCUCUCAAAGAGAAGGGCUACCAUCAGUUGGCUUGGUAUGAUGCAGGGCUGCUCAGAAUGGCAGUGGAAGUGGGGAACAGAUUACUGCCUGCUUUCAACACCACCACAGGUCUCCCCUAUCCAAAGAUCAACCUUCGCCACGGUAUGGGCUACCCGAACAUGGAGAAGACAACGUGCACGGCAUGUGCUGGGUCCAUGAUUCUUGAGUUUGCUGCCCUCAGUAGACUAACAGGUGAUCCUCAGUUUGAGGUGAAAGCCCACCAAGCAAUGGAGGCAAUCUGGCGUAGUAGACGCCGAGGGCACAAUCUGGUUGGCUCAGUCAUCAACGUACACAGUGCUGAGUGGACGAGAGUGGAUAGCGGUGUGGGGGCGGGGAUUGACUCAUACUACGAGUACUGUCUCAAGUCUUACAUCCUGUUGGGGGACAGGAAGUAUCUGCAGAGGUUUGGGAAGCAUUAUGAUGCCAUCAAGAGAUACAUCACGAAUGGGCCCAUGCUAGUGGAGGUGAGCAUGAAUUCACCUCAUCGAAUGACUAGAUCUUUCAUGGACUCACUUCUGGCGUUCUGGCCUGGUCUACAGGUUCUGUGGGGUGACGUAGACACAGCUAUACACAUUCACGACAUGCUUUAUCAUGUGAUGGAGAGACACAACUUCCUACCCGAGGCAUUCACUCAUGACUUCAGGGUCCACUGGGGAAACCACCCUCUCAGGCCUGAGUUCAUUGAGAGCACUUACUUCCUCUACAAGGUGACUGGAGAUCCAUACUACCUGGACGUGGGUCGAUCAGUGGUGAACAACUUGAACAAGUACGCCAGAGUGAGGUGUGGCUUUGCUGCCAUCAAGGACCUCAGGACCAACGCUCACGAGGACAGAAUGGACUCCUUUGUACUGGCUGAGACGUUCAAGUAUCUGUUCUUGUUGUUUGCUGUUGAGGGGGACAGUCCCCUGAACAUGGAUGACUUUGUGUUCACGACUGAGGCCCACCUCUUCCCCCUCUCCCUCGCUAGCGCUAACACCACCCUCAAUAGAGUCGUCCAAGAGGCAUUACUGGUGAAGAACACAGACCUGGUGAAUAUGAGCACUGUCACUGUCACCACUAGCGGACCAGACUCUUCUGGGAAGGCAGCAAAGAACAAACCAGUCGCUGAAGCUUCACUAAAGGCGUCUCCUGUUCACUGACGAGAGUGUCCUCCCUCACGAGGUGGGUAAAGGAGAGGCUGCUGUCAAAUGGUAUAAGAGACAAAGCAAGGGCAAACUCCACCCACUCAAUCAGCGGUGGAUUAUAACGAGCAGGGGCCCACUCAUGAUGUGUGUAGUUCAUGGUUCAUCGAGCCAGUACAGUGGAUGGAAAGCUCUCUACUGGGCAAAGUGGAGGGGAAGAUUGUGUCUCAAGUGCUCGGCUCGUCUGGGGUCAUUCAACUGUGGUCAGGUGAUCAGUGCUCGUGUGGGCAGCGGGUCACGCCCUCCUUCCAGAUACACAAGGCACGAAUAGACGAAACCAGAACACUCACUAGGAGAAAAGUGGACAACAAAACUGUAUAGCUAGCAAAUUACUGAAUUAUUGUCCAAAUUCAACAUUAAUUUUUUCGAUCAUUUGAAGGUUUAUUGAUUGAACAAUAAAUGAUGUCAUACUAA